GAAUAAUUUUGUUUUGAGCCAUAAAUCAAAAGAAGAAGAAGAAUUUUGUUUUGACUUUUGAGUUUCGAGGUUAUUAAUUCAAAAAUGUUAAUUUUUAUAUCAGAGUUUUGGUGAUUUAUUUACUAUCUAAUUUAAUUCAUCUAAAUUUAAAAUACACUUAUUUUUGUUGUCAAGAAUCUUUAUAAAUGGAAGGGCCUGAAGAAAAGACGAUUGAGAAAAGAAAUGGGGUAUCUAUGAUUAAAUUGAUCCCCGAACACAUAAGUAUCCUGGAUUUAAGUAACAAAGAUUUAAAAACUAUCGAUGAGAAUAUGAAACUACUCUUAAAUCUAACACAACUAAACCUUUCAAAUAACAAACUAAGUGAAGUUCCAGUUUCAGUACUAAAUCUAGAAAAUUUGAAAGUUUUAGACCUCUCACACAAUUGCAUUAAAUAUUUCGACGAUACACCACUAUUUUGUCAUACAAUAACCACACUUAAUUUAGCCAAUAAUGAUUUGAACAGCCCCCCAUAUUGGAUAUGGUCUGAAACACCUACAAAUUUAGCAGAAAUUAAUUUAUGCUGCAAUGUAAAUAUAACGAAAUCCUUGCACAAUGGUUACUAUGAAGAACUACUGCAAUACAAAACUCUAGUCACCAGUAUUUUAAUUUGUAACUGUAAAUUAAAGGAUCGUUUAGAUUUAAUAGGUACCUUUCCAAAAGCAAAGUCGCUAGUGUUAGGUACUACAGAUUUUAGUUUUUACAGUCAUAAUGAUUUAGAAGAGGUGCCUUGCAAUGGCAUGGAUAAUUGCUGUGAUAUAGAAUAUUUAAACUUGAGUAACACAAAUAUUUACACUGUUAAAUCAAGUAUUGAAAUGUACAGAAACCUGAAAGAAAUAAAUCUUUCACAUAAUAAGUUAGACUGUCUGCCUGAAGAGUUUUGCCGUUUAGAAAACUUGGAGAUAUGUAUUCUAUCGUACAACCAUCUAUACAGUUUGCCGGCAAAUUUUGGUAAUCUGAGUAAAAUAACGACUCUUUCUGUUGAAUAUAACGAAUUGUAUGCACUGCCCAGUAAUAUAUGUCAGUUACCAAAUAUAAAGAGGUUAGAUGUAUAUGAUAAUUAUUUGUAUGAAGUGCCAGAUGGAAUUGAGAAUUUAUUAGAGGUUGAUUUAGCGCAAAACUGUUUUGAAGAACCUAAUGAUGAGGAAUAUUUGGAAAAAAGAAAAAUAAUCAGGGCAGAUAAUGAUUACAGAUGUGAUGGCAGGAAAGUUGAAAAGGAUAUAUCAGAAAGUGAGCAUUCUAAAAGUUUCACGGAUGAAGAUAUAUUGUCAAUAAACGAUAAGCAAGAUACAUACGUCACAACUAGCUCACCAGAAGAUUGGGAUUCAGAUGACUACUGGAUCCCUCAUUUCACCCGUACAUCUGUAUCUGCGCAGUCACCAUGGCUGUACUAUGUCAAAAAAAAAAUUGAACAAGGAAACUUUUGCCCUAUUGAUGCCCACCCUGUGCCCAUAGCUGAUCAAGUAAGAUAUGAAAGAAUGUGCAACCCAAAAAUCCAAUAUGAAUCAGAUGGACAAUUUGAUGAUUUUUCUGGGGAUGACAGUUGACAAUUGCUUUUUAUGACUGCAACUUGAACUGCGCAAGGUCAAUUUGUAUUAAUUUGGCUGUCAGUUCAUGUUCCUUCACAUUUCACCAAUAACUCGUUAUUUUGAAACUAGGUAUAAUACUUGAAUCAAAAUGUGUUGUCAAAAAUAGAAUUAAUAAAUCGAACAUGCUUACUAAUGAAGUAGUAGUAUUUCGAUAAUAAUGAUCCUGCCUCAUACUAGCUAUUUGUUAUAGUAUAGUCAAAUGCUUUAUUACCUUUUAUUUUCUUGUGCUUUAGUUUGAAUAAAGGUGCCAUAUAGAUUAUUUAGUAAUGCAUAAUAAUAAUACGAUACUGGUGCUAUUUUAGUUCAAACACAAAACAAAAUAAAGUUAUGCCUUUAUGCAAUAUUAGCACAAAUCUCUGUUGCAAAUAAAAGAGCUACUGGAGGGUGUUGGUUUAAAUAAGGCAGCUUAAACCCGUAAAAACGAUAUAAAUGGCCAGGAUAUAUAUAAAAGAUAUAAUAUAUAAUAUUUUAUAUUUAAAAAAAAAUUGCCAUAUAGUGGUGCCAAGCCAUUUUUUUUGUGUCAAGCGUAUAUAUUAUAUGAAUUGCAACUAGGGGUGGUAAGCAGUGGCGUGCACAGGGUUUUGACUAGGGUAUGCAUGAAGAAGGAAGAUGGCAUACAAGGGAAAAAUCUUUCGCCUUUAUGAGAUAUAUAAAAUUUUUAAGGUAGGUAGUGCUUUUGUGGCAGUAAGCAAAGAAAUUAGCUUGACAUCCUUAAACUGAUUUAAAAAUAAUACUGCUUUAAGCAAUGAUAGUUAAACCAUAGUAAGAAGUUGUUUGUAGCAUUAUUUUUCAACUUUCGUCAUUUGUUGUCUUGAGCAUAUAUUUAUGUUUGUUGAUCAGUUGUUAUAAACUAUCUAUUGUUAUUGCAUGCAGAAUAUACGUAAGCCACUUGAAUAUUGACAAAGACUAAAUAAAAUUAUAAUAAUCUACUAUUAGAGACUAUGUGGGACUUUUCCAGUAAGUGACAGUAGGCAUAGGUCUCCAGGUGACCUCCUUCAGAAUGUCAUUAGUCGAUAAAAUAGUCGUAAUUGCAUGAUUUUCAAUUUUGUAUAUUUAUGUUAGUACAUACUUCAUAAAUUGUUUUCUGUGUCAAAAAUUAACAAAUACCAGCUUUGCUUUGUUAGUGUAGCAAGUAAAAUAGUGUCAAUAAUAAAUUAAAUUAGUUAUAUUAUAACAUCAUUGUUUGUUAAUUAUUAUCCAUGUACGAUGUUUCCUGUUGUUAAAUUUACAAAAUAUUAUAAAUUUGUCUUGUUAGCUGGACCAGAAUCCGAGAUAAACAGGGUGUUGUUUUCAACUUUUGAAGUUUUAAACAUUUUUGUCAAGUCAUAGUUGUCCAAGUAUACUGAGUGCCAAGUAUGAGAUUUUUUUAGUAUGAGAUUAUUGAGAUCUACGUUCAACUAAAAUUUGUACGGUAUUGAAGGAUCAUCUAGUUAAACGGUAUUGUUGUUCUAGGUAGAAAAUCUUAUACUUAGCACCUUGAUGUACAUCACGAAAAUUUCCAACUUUAUUUACUUUUUUAUUUUUUUCCAAUAUGAAGU